AUGAAGUAUGACUUCUCCAAGAUAAAAAUACCAAGGGAAGUUCUCGCCACCAAUUGCCUGGAACAAACACGAGGGACUUCAGCAAAGUCAGUGGAUCAACUGCCGCCGCCAAUUGCCUGGAACAGACACGAACAGUUGCUAGUCAUUAAGCAAUUCAUAACUUCAUCGCCAAUUGCCUGGAACAGACAUGAAGUAUGGCUUCUCCAAGGUAAAAAAAAAAAACCAAGGGAAGUUCUCACCGCCAAUUGCCUGGAACAGAUGCAAAAACUUCGACAUAAUCAUACCCUCUUUAUUUCAGCGGAACUUUU